CUCGGGGCAGGGCCGGGCGCGAGGAGGUGGGGCAUCCCGGCUGGGGCGGAGUGGCGACAGCAGCCGUCGGCCCGCCCCCCGUCGCCCUCCGCCGGCCGGCUGGUGCGGCCAUGGAGGUCUACAUCCCGUCCUUUCGCUACGAGGAGAGUGACCUGGAGCGGGGAUACACGGUGUUUAAGAUAGAAGUGCUAAUGAAUGGAAGAAAACAUUUUGUUGAAAAGAGGUACAGCGAAUUCCAUGCCUUGCACAAAAAGCUUAAGAAAUGUAUAAAAACUCCAGAAAUCCCCUCUAAACAUGUUAGAAACUGGGUCCCAAAAGUCUUGGAACAACGACGGCAAGGUUUGGAAACAUAUUUACAGGCUGUCAUUUUAGAAAAUGAAGAACUUCCCAAACUGUUUCUUGAUUUCCUGAACAUCCGACACUUGCCCUCGCUACCAAAGGCGGAGAGUUGUGGAUCUUUUGAUGAGACAGAACCUGAAGAGUCAAGCAAACUGUCCCACCAGCCAGUGCUGCUGUUCCUCAGGGAUCCAUACGUCUUGCCUGCAGCAAGCGGUAAUCAAACCUGUCAUCUGCUAACAGCUCUUUACUGAUCUGACCCUGUACCACAUAAACCACGUUUUUAAUACAGAUUUUCCAAAUGUGGUUAUUGAAGGAGUUCUCCAUGGGAUAUUUUACCCUCACCUACAGCCCAGGUAGAAAUCCUACCUAGCUAAAAGAAGCUGAAGCAAGUUUCGAAGUCAUUGUCAAAGAAAUUGAUAUCUUUACCAAAUUAACCCAAAAUCUAUGACAUAACAGCUCUAGCUAGUGGCAAAAUUCACAGUCCUGGCUUAAUUCAGGGCAGGGAUGUUUCCAUUAGAAUGGUGCUUUUAAAAAUAGAAACUGAACCAGGGCAGUGGUCAGAUUAAGUCCAAGUUUUUAAGAAGCGGAAUGUAGCUGCCAACUUAGAAACCCGUGAAAACAAGGCUACAGAACAUCCCUGGGAGCACUGAGUGUAACAAAACAGAGUUGCUCUCUGUCCCAGGAGCACCAUUUGCAUCUCCUGACACAUACUAAGACUGACCAACUUUUUUAUUCAGAUUUUAUGACAUAGUAAUUUUUUCACUGUGAGAUUUUCUUAGCCAGUAAUGGAUACAUUCUGAAGUGCUGGCACCAGGCACGUGUCACAUAAACACACUGUGCUAAAUGUGAGGAAACAACUAAACUGGAAAUUAUAUUGACAAUAUCAUGGCAUUUUUUAAAUCAUGGCAUUUUUAUUUAUGUUGCAGUGGAGUUGCAUCAUGUCCAGGGUUAGUUUCCAGUGUCAGUCCAUAAGAUAAAAUGAGGUCUUACCAAGAUUACUCUGGGAAGUCCUUUAGGAAGGCUCCAUGUUGGAAAUCUGUACAUCCACCACAACCAGUUUUUUUCUCCAGUGUUGCAAGAAAUGACUGUUUUCUUCCGUUGAAGACCAAAUGAAGUUGUUGGUGUUUGUUCAGGGACCAUUUUGU